UUUAAAUAAAAAGGUAACGAAAAAGUCUAUAAAAACUCCACUUAUCUAUUGGCCACUAAUUCAGUUAUUAAAGAAGAGUUAACAGAGUUACAAGUCUUACGUGAAUUGUGCAUAAAAAACCGAAAAUCUUAUCGAGUGUAAAAGUGAAAUAUUGGUGAAAAUGUUAACGAAAUCUGUCACCAUCGCUAGCUUAUUAUUAAUCACGUUUACGAUGACUACGCUGCUUAGCCUGUAUAUUACAAAGGCCGAAGCACGGCCCUGGGAUCUGUACGAUGAAGUUAGUGAUCUUUUUCAAGCCAUGACUCUGGAUGAGGUACCCGGUGCCAAGGAGACUAAAGAGAAAGAACCAAAAGAUUUCUGCCGUAUGCCAGCUCGCAAGGGCGUCUGCCGCGCUUUGAUACCGCGUUGGAGUUACGAUGCUCAGCAAAAGGAUUGCGUUGAGUUUAAAUUUGGCGGAUGUGAUGGCAAUGAUAAUAAUUUCCCCAGCUAUAAGUCGUGUAUGGCCGCCUGUAAGGGCAUGUAGAGUAACAGUAACUUUCGACGACACAAAUUCUGAAAUAAUCCAAAGUGCUAAGGAAAAAAUAAUUCCGAGAUUUUCUAAAUCUUGUAGUAAAAAAUCCGCUUAAAGGCACCAGAUGCCCUUCAUUUUUUGUUCUUUUUUUUUUUUUUUUUUUUUUUGUUAGUUUUAAGUUUUGUUAUGUGAUAGUGUUUUUUUGAUAGAUUGUAAAAAGACUGUAACUAAAAUUUUUUAUUUUAUUUUUCAUCGAACAAAUUAUUUCCGCUUGAAUUCAUUUCUCUUAUACUUUACGAAUUCAUUUCUUUGUUCGAUUAUUUUCAU